AUUUGGUGGGAGGCGCUGUAGCCAUUUCGCCACUUUAAAGAGAGAAGGAGAACCAACAUCCUAGUACUGGGGGAAAUAAAUUAUCCCAAAGCACUGCAUUCAGACAGAGAACCCCCACCGCUGCGAAGGAGCACGACUGAACGCAAACUUCGAACUCUCCAUGCAGAGCACGCGGAGAACAGACCAGGACCAUCUAACGGGCUUUUGAGACAUUUUUCGGUUUCCGUUUUUUUCUUCCCUCUUUGCGGUGUAUGUGGAGGUUGAUCGAACAGUUUAUGAGAAUCUUGCUUGCUCUGCGGCGAGAAGAGAAGUUUGGUUGUUUUCCUAGUCGGAGGAGGGAGACGCGGGAGGUUCGGGGGAAAAGUGGGGGAAGAUGGUUUGGAACGCCGCUUUGAGAAGAGGCUUGAUUUGCGUUCUGGCGCUCUGGCUCGGUUUUACGUCUGCCCCGUGCAAAGCUCGGAUUUACACUAACCAUUGGGCUGUACGGAUAAACGGGGGACCCGAGUUCGCUGAUCGGAUAGCGGACAAAUAUGGCUAUAAGAAUAUGGGACAGAUUGGCGACCUGAAGGACCACUAUCACUUCUUUCACAGCAGGACCAUCAAAAGGUCGACUCUCUCCAGUCGCGGUGGCCACAGCUUCAUCUCGAUGGAGCCCAAGGUGGAGUGGAUUCAGCAGCAGGUGGUAAAGAGGCGGACCAAGAGGGAUUACAAGGUGGCCCCUCCCCCCCUCUCCAGCCCCGCCCAGACCAGCCCCGCCCAGUCCAUAUUCUUCAACGACGCCAAGUGGAGCAGUAUGUGGUACAUACACUGUAACGAUGACAUCCAUAACUGCCAGUCGGACAUGAACAUAGUGGGGGCAUGGAAGAGGGGCUACACAGGGAAGGACGUGGUGAUCACCAUCCUAGACGACGGCAUCGAGAGGAACCACCCCGACCUCAUUCAGAACUACGACAACCAGGCCAGUUAUGAUGUCAACGGGAACGACAUGGACCCCAUGCCCCGUUACGAUGCCAGCAACGAGAACAAGCAUGGAACACGCUGUGCUGGGGAAGUGGCUGCAUCUGCUAACAACUCCCAUUGCACUGUGGGAAUCGCCUACAACGCACGGAUAGGGGGGGUGCGGAUGCUGGACGGCGACGUGACGGACAUGGUUGAGGCCAAGUCUCUGAGUCUGCAACCGCAGCAUAUUGACAUCUACAGCGCCAGUUGGGGUCCCGACGACGACGGCAAGACUGUGGAUGGCCCCGCCUCUCUGGCCAGGCAGGCCUUCGAGAACGGCAUCCGCAUGGGAAGGAAGGGGCGCGGCUCCAUCUUUGUGUGGGCGUCAGGGAACGGUGGGCGGAGCCGGGACCACUGCUCCUGUGAUGGCUACACCAACAGCAUCUACACCAUCUCCAUCUCCAGCACCGCCGAGAGCGGACGCAAGCCCUGGUACCUGGAGGAGUGCUCCUCCACCCUCACCACCACCUACAGCAGCGGAGAAAACUAUGACCGGAAAAUAAUCACCACAGAUCUGCGUCAGCGCUGCACCGACAGCCACACAGGAACCUCGGCAUCUGCUCCUAUGGCAGCUGGGAUCAUCGCGCUGGCCCUGGAGGCUAAUCCUCUGUUGUCGUGGAGGGAUGUUCAGCACAUCAUCGUCAAGACGUCUCGAGCCGGCCACCUCAACGCCCCUGACUGGAAGACCAACGCCGCUGGAUACAACGUCAGCCACCUGUAUGGUUUUGGCCUGAUGGACGCGGAGGCUAUGGUGAAGGAGGCGGAGCAAUGGAAGCAGGUCCCCGCCCAGCACAUCUGUGUGGAGAGUGCCGACCGCCAGAUCAGGACGAUCCGCCCGGAGCACGUGGUGCGCUCCGUGUACAAGGCCACAGGCUGCAUUGACAACUCCAACCACCAUGUCAUCUACCUGGAGCACGUGGUCGUACGCAUCACCAUCACGCACCCGCGCCGCGGUGACCUGUCAAUCAACCUCACGUCCCCCUCAGGAACCAAGUCCCAGCUGCUCGGCAACAGGUUGUUUGACCACUCCAUGGAGGGCUUUAAGAACUGGGAGUUCAUGACCACUCACUGCUGGGGGGAGAAGGCGGCCGGGGACUGGAUCCUGGAGAUCCAUGACUCCCCCUCGCAGCUCCGCAGCCAGAAAAUCCCAGGCAAGCUAAAGGAGUGGUCCCUGGUGCUUUAUGGCACCUCCGUGCACCCGUACUCCUCCCUGCGCAGCGACAAGCCCCGUUCGGCCGAGCCCCCUGCAGACGAAGAAUUCACUGAGGAGUACAACGGGCUCUGUAACAGCGAGUGCAACGAGAACGGCUGUGAAGGCCCCGGACCUCACCAGUGCAUCAAUUGCCUCCACUACUUCCUCAAGUUCAAGAACAACACCAGGACAUGCGUGUCGGAGUGCCCAUCCGGGUUUUUCCGCGACGACAGGAAGCGUUGUAAGAAGUGUUCGUCUCUGUGUGAGACGUGUGUUGGUAGCCGUAGUGACCAGUGCUCCACCUGCAGACCGGGCUUCCAUCUUAAUGAGGGUUCCAACAUCUGCGUGGCCAGCUGUGUGGACGGCUUCUAUCUGGACCACGAUUCCAACAUGUGCAGGAGAUGCAACGAGAACUGCAAGAAGUGCACCACGUCUAAUAUCUGCACAGAAUGCAAACCAGGGAUGAGUCUUCAGGGGAAUAAAUGUCAGAUGACCUGUGACCCCGGAACCUACUAUAAUGGCCACAGGAGGACCUGCGAGCUGUGCCACCGAGCGUGUGCCACCUGUGCAGGCACUGGGAUGGAGGCGUGUAACAAGUGUGCAGAGAGCUACUUCUUGGAGGAGUGGCGCUGUGUGUCCACCUGCAGCGUGGGAUACUACAUGGCCGAGCAGACCUCGGACAACGGCGACGUCAACAAGUCCUGCAGGAAGUGUGACCACAGCUGCUACUCCUGCACAGGACCCGGCGAGACCAACUGCAGCACCUGUGUGAACGGCUACAACCUGGAGGCAGGAGUGUGUGUGGUCAGCACCAUCUGCAAAGAUGGUGAGUACCUGAGCAGGCAUGGGAAAUGCCACCUGUGUUAUGCCACCUGCUAUAAGUGCAUAGGUCCUGAGAAGGAGGACUGCAUAAGCUGCCCAUCCAGCAGGUAUUUUGAGGAUGGGCAGUGUGUGAUCCGGUGCCAGGGGGGGCGCUAUGCCAUGGAGAGACAGUGCCACCUGUGCCACCACACCUGCCAGGAGUGUGAUGAUGGAGGGCCUGACAACUGCACAAGCUGUGACAAAGACAAGUUCCAAACAGACAGGUACCUCUAUAGAGGGGAGUGUCGUGACGUGUGUCCAGAGGGCUUCUUCCAUUCCUGGAAGAGGCGGUGUGAGGCGUGCCCCGUCAACUGCACUGUGUGCACCGGCUUCGACCGCUGCCUCCACUGCAGCCCCUCCCACUACCUCCGAGACGGACUGUGUGUCCCGCUGGAGUGUGGCGAAGGUGAGGUGGAGGACCCAGAGUAUGAGGAUUGCCUGCCCUGUGAGGAGGGCUGUAAGAAAUGUCUGCAGAAAAACCCCAAGCAAUGUGUCACCUGUGCAAAGGAGUACUACCAGUUGGGGCCUGAUUGCCACACGAGCUGCCCAGACAGGACCUACAGUGUUAUUGAUACCAUGACAUGUGCCAAGUGUGAGGACAGCCACUGUGCCAACUGUGAUCAGUCCCAGUGCUACUGGUGUGAGGACGGCUUCUACGUCUCAGACGGAGAGUGUGUGGCGCAGUGUAAGGAGGGGUUCUUUGUCGACGAGGCGAGUCAGGAAUGCGAACCGUGUCAUCCUAUGUGUCGGAUUUGCGGCGGGCCCAACUAUGACGACUGUGACUCAUGCGAGGAUGACUUCACUCUGAAGGACGGAGAGUGUGUGGACGACCACUCCGCUUCCUGCCCUGACAAGCGUUUCCUCAACAGUCAGGGGGAAUGUGAGCAGUGCCACUCCAGCUGUAAGACAUGCACAGGCUCUGGGAAGGAUCAGUGCAACACCUGUGACACAGAGCGCUUUCUGACGGCCCACCAGGCGUGUGUGGUGAAGUGCCCGUCUGGUACUUUCGGCAAUGCCACGUCGGGCCACUGUGACGACUGCCUGCCAGGCUGUGUUCUGUGCCAGGAUGCCCACCGGUGCCAGAGGUGCCGGACUGGACACACACACCUCUACCUGCAGGGCGACCAGUGUGUUCCCGAGUGCCAGAGGGGUUACCCUAAGGGGGGCGAGUGCCAGCCCUGUGCCCCAGAGUGUGCCUCGUGCCAGGGGAACGCCACCCACUGCCUGAGCUGUGCGACCCAGUACUUGCUCCUGGAGCACUCUUGCAGAGGGCACUGUCCCAACGGGCACUACCGCAACGAGGGAGAGUGUCUACGCUGCCCACCCGACUGUCUAGAGUGUAGCCAGGAUGGCCUGUGUAAGGAGUGUGAGGAGUACUACUUCCUACAUAAGGACCAGUGUGUGGAUGACUGUCCAGGGGGCUUCUUCCCGAGCGAGGAGCAGAAGGAGUGUGUGCGAUGUCACACCGACUGCGCGUCGUGUGACGGGCCUGACUCGGACGACUGUGAUGUGUGCAGGCACCCCGCGGCUGUGCGCUACAACGGGGAGUGCCUCUCCCAGUGUCCCUCGGACACUUACACACGACGUAGCCACCUCCGAGUGCCAGGACUGCGACAGGUCGUGUCUCACCUGCUCAGGUCCCGAGCCCUCGUCCUGCCUCAGCUGUGGGCCCAACAUGCGAAAGGACACCAGUGGCCACUGUGUCUUCUACAGCCAGUGCUCCCUGCGCUCCUACAAAGACGAGGAGGGCGACUGCCAGAUCUGCCACCCCCUCUGCCACCGCUGCUCAGGGCCCACCAAGGAGCACUGUCUCAGCUGCAACCCGCAGACCUUCCUGCUCAACAACACCUGUGUGAAUGAGUGUCCGGUGGGUUUCUAUGGUGAUGGGGACGAGCGUGUGUGCGAGCGAUGUCACUUCAGCUGCAUGUCGUGUGUGGGACGCCACAGUGUCCAGUGUGCA